AUGUUAUUUACCGUACUCGGAGUUAUUGCUCUCUUCCUGAGAGAAAGAAACAUCAAUACCACCGUCUCAGGUCAAGAUGAAAGAUUGGACCGUCAAGAAGGAUUGGUCACGGUACCCACUGUGACCAAAAGUGAUGGUCGAGAAAUCGGUGACAGGUGUGAAGAAUCAUCUUUGCAUCUGGAGGAACAGAUCAAUGUUCAGACUGAGGAACCAUCACUGGAGGAACCUGUUGAUGGUCAGAGUGAAGAACAAUCACUGGUAGAGCCUGACAGUGUUUACGGUGAAGAACAACCACUGGUAGAGCCUGACAUCUCUGCUGAGCCCGGCUGUAGUCGUGACCCCCCUCCAAAUGUGGUCUCUGCUGAGCCCGGCUGUAGUCAUGAUGACCCUCCAAAUGUAGUCUCUGCUGAGCCCGGCUGUAGUCAUGAUGACCCUCCAAAUGUGGUCUCUGCUGAGCCCGGCUGUAGUCAUUACCCCCCUCCAAAUGUGUUCUUUGCUAAGCCCGGCUGUAAAGAUGGCGUCGCUCAAGGUGCAACCUGUCAAACAGAGGGCGCUGUUCCACCUCAGCCAGAAGAGCUGAAGGAUGAAGACACACACAUCAUUGAGAUCAACUCAAAGUCUUAUGAAAUUGGUGCUAAGCUGGGCAAAGGAGGCUUUGGAACCGUUUUCGCAGGGACCCGUCUACAAGAUGGCCUUCAGGUGGCAGUAAAAAUAGCAGAUUUCAAGAUUAAGCGAUUCAUCCAUGUUGAUGAUUUUGACAAACUACUUCCAUCGGAGAUCGCUCUGCACUUUCUUGCCACUAAAGGCCCCAAGGUUAAACAAAUUGUUGAGCUUCUGGACUGGAAGGUGGAGGAAAAUUGCUACUUUUUAGUCCUAGAGCGGCCCAUACCCUGUGUGAGCGUAGGUGAAUUCAUAAGAAAACACAGAGGCAACAUCGCAGAGAAGGUGUUACGAAAAAUCAUGUUCCACACAACAAUUGCAGCCCACAUCUGCUGCAAACGCGGAGUGUUUCAUCGCGAUAUCAAGCCUGACAACUUGCUGAUGAACCCGCAGACCUAUGAAGUCAAAUUGACUGACUUUGGGUGUGGUGAACGCCUUACUGAGACCUGUUACAGAGAGUAUUGUGGCACAUUCCAGUUCAGCCCUCCUGAGUUUCAAAAGACUGGCUAUUACUUCGGGGAGCCAGCGACAGUGUGGUCACUCGGGAUUCUUCAGUAUUUGCUAAUGUUCAAAAACCUUCCAGACAACCGUGACCUCCGCAAGAUGACUUUCAGAAAUUUACAGAAAUAUGGAUGGUCAGAAGAAUGCAGCGAUUUUAUCCGCUGUUGUCUGCAGAAUAACUACAGCUUUCGGCAUAAGCUGCAUGCACUCCGUGCCCAUGCCUGGUUUAAGGUAAUACAUACACUUUGA